UCGGUAUAUCAGUAAUCGGCGUCGAGCCCUCUGAUGCGACUGUCCGAUGCUCGGUUGAGUGUGUUUGCCUUUAUAAACUAUUCGACUCCAAAUAGUUCCUGAAUUUUCUCAGUUUUUCUACACUUACACGCCGUUUUUUAUAUAAAUUUUCGUUUUCACCUGAUUUUACAAUCUAGUGCUGCUAGUCAAUACAUUGAUCAGCAAUCAUGGAUGAAGAACCAGUUGCACACAGGUUUAUCAAACCUGGCAGUCACAGGAACAAAGGUCUUGCUGUAUUCACCAGUGGUGGUGAUUCACAGGGUAUGAAUGCUGCUGUUCGUGCAGUUGUACGUAUGGGCAUUUACCUAGGAUGCAAAGUUUUCUUCAUCAGGGAAGGUUACCAAGGAAUGGUAGAUGGAGGCGAAAACAUCGUGGAAGCCAACUGGUCCUCUGUAUCUUGUAUUAUUCACAGAGGUGGCACUGUCAUCGGCUCAGCUCGUUGCAAGGAUUUUCGAGAGCGUGAGGGCAGGAAGAAGGCGGCCAAAAAUCUGGUGACGCGUGGCAUCUCGAACUUGGUCGUCAUCGGCGGUGACGGUUCGCUCACCGGUGCCAAUCUCUUCAAAACCGAGUGGUCCGAUCUGUUGAAGGAUCUCGCUAAAGAUGGUGAGAUUACAGCUGAACAGGCUGAAAAGUACAAGCACCUGCACAUCGUCGGCAUGGUUGGCUCGAUCGACAACGAUUUCUGCGGUACUGACAUGACGAUCGGUACCGACACGGCCCUCCACCGUAUCAUCGAGAGCAUAGAUGCCAUCGUCAGUACCGCCUACUCACAUCAGCGUACAUUUAUUAUGGAGGUCAUGGGCCGUCAUUGCGGCUAUCUGGCUCUGGUGACAGCUAUAUGUAGCGAGGCAGACUAUGUUUUCAUCCCAGAGUGGCCGCCGGAGCAGGAUUGGCCGAACAAGCUCUGCAAAAAGUUGAUGCAGGAGCGUCUCACGGGCCAGAGGCUGAACAUAAUCAUCGUAGCCGAAGGCGCCGUGGAUAGGAACGGCGACCCCAUCACCGCCGAAAAAGUGCGCGAAGUCGUCGUCGAAAAGCUCCAGCAGGACACCAGAAUUACCGUUCUCGGCCACGUGCAGCGCGGUGGCAACCCUUCGGCCUUCGAUCGUGUCCUCGGCUGUCGUAUGGGUGCCGAGGCCGUGAUGGCCCUGGUCGAGGCCUCGACUGAAACGGAAGCAUGCGUGGUCACCCUGGACGGUAAUCAGGCGGUCAGGCUGCCUCUGAUGGAGUGCGUGCGCCGAACGAAGGCCGUGGCUCAAGCUAUGGCCGACAAAAACUGGGACUUGGCCGUGCAGCUCCGUGGAAAGGGCUUUGUUCGGAACUUGGAGACUUACAAGAUGUUGACGCGCUUGAAGGCUCCGGUCGACGUUGAUCAGAAGGAGGGAGGUCAUCCUACAUUGACCAAGCAAUACACAAUGUGUGGACAAGACCACUACACAUUGGCGGUAAUGCACGUAGGCUCGCCGUCGUGCGGUAUGAACGCUGCGGUACGUUCAUUCGUGAGGAACUGUAUCUACCGUGGUGACAAAGUUUACGGUGUAAUGGAUGGCGUCUUGGGUCUAGCCACGGGCAAACUCAAGCAGAUGGAUUGGCCGUCUGUGACCGGUUGGGUAGCCCAGGGAGGUGCUUAUUUGGGUACCAAACGAGCUCCGCCAAAGGACGAACAGUUGCCCAUGAUAGCACAAAAGUUGAAAGAGUUCGGAAUACAAGCUCUCUUGAUCAUCGGUGGUUUUGAAGGUUUACAAACCGGUCUCAGCUUCUACAACGCCAGAGACAAAUUCCCCGAGUUCCGCAUCCCGAUUGCCAUGAUUCCAGCUACUAUAAGUAACAAUGUUCCUGGAACGGAAUUCUCUCUGGGUUGCGAUACAGCUCUGAACGAAAUCACGGAGAUUUGUGAUCGUAUCAGACAGUCAGCCCAAGGUACGAAGCGCCGAGUCUUCAUCAUCGAAACCAUGGGUGGUUAUUGCGGCUAUCUCGCCACGCUCGCGGGUCUGGCUGGUGGUGCCGAUGCAGCCUACAUCUUUGAGGAAAAGUUCAACAUCAAAGAUCUGAACCAGGACAUCAUCGCCAUGGCGGCCAAGAUGUCCGAGGGCGUUCAGCGCGGUCUGAUUUUGCGUAACGAGAGCGCAAACUCAAACUACAAUACCGAGUUCAUGCAGAGGCUAUUCAGCGAGGAGGGCAAAGGUCUGUUCAGCUGCCGCAUGAAUAUUAUCGGUCACAUGCAGCAAGGCGGCUCCCCUACACCGUUCGAUCGUAACUUGGGUACUAAGAUGGGAUCAAAGGCCGUGGAAUGGUUCACGAAUCAGUUGAAAAAGGAUGCUCAAGCUGAUGGAACGACAGUGUCAAAUUCACCCGACAGUGCCGUCAUGCUGGGUAUCGUCAGACGUCAAUACAGAUACACGCCAUUCAGUAAUCUCAUCGACGGCACCGACUUUGAACACAGAAUCCCUACUUACCAGUGGUGGAUGAAGCUGCGCCCGCUGCUCAAGGUACUGGCGAAACACGAUUCAACGUACGAGGAGGAGGGUUUGUACAUCACCGUCGAGGAGAUGGACAAGGACAACGACGCGCCUCUCGUCUAAAUGACCGUCGUCUAUUUCGCGUACGCCCCUCAACUUUGCUCUUAUUAUUUUUUCCUAGCCAGUAUUCCGUUUUUUCUUUUACUUUAUUUUCACAAAAUCUCUCUAUGUAUGUACCAUUGAUAAUUUUUUGCAAGACGAGCUAAAAAUAACAAAUUGCUAUACUACGGUAAAUGCUCGAAAAUUGUGCUAUAGGAAAUUUGAAUGGCGGCUCUUUACGUACACGCGCAUGUACGUUACAAUGUCGUUCGAGACGAGGAGCUGGUUACUUCGUCGUCGAGACGAAAUGAGCGUAAAUCAAUUAUAUAUAAAUAAUAGUAAUAAUUAAUGAAUUGACAUGUUCCAAUACAUUAUAUUAUUUAGUGAAAAUUAAAUUCAGUGACACGCGGACACUGCACUGCUUUGAAUAGAAAAAUUAAAUAUCCAAGUGUGUUCUGUUGCUACAAGGCGGUCGCUGUAAAGAUAAUAAAUGUAGAAAAUGUUGUUCAAUUAUAGAAAAUACGUACCCUCCAUUUUCUGGAGAGUUAUCGGUCAAAUGUGACAAACAAAUCGUACAUUAGAAAAAAGAAAAAAAACAUUACUUCUGCUGUCGAUCAGCCGUGCGAGGACCUUGAUUUUUUUCAUAUAUGUAUAUUAGUUUUAUUUUACAUAGAUAUAUUUUAUACGAGCCAUUUUUUAAACCCCAUGAAUAAAAAAAUAUAUUUUAGUUUAUGAUUGAUCGCGUUUAAUGAUUUUUGAAUCCUAUUAUGAAACCGUAACUAUCAAUCAUUCAAUCGCACGGCUGACAACAAACUCGACCAUCGACGAAUGUCCGCAACAGAUAAAUAAAUGAACUUGUAAUAGCCGUAGCCAACGCGCGUCCACGUUAUAUGAUACCUCGAAGAAAAGUACGUUAGUGCAUGUACGUACCUACACGAAACCACUUUGGCACUGACACAAAAAUCAAAGAAACGUACAAGUCACCUCCAAGGCUAUGAUGUGUAUGCAAGAAGUAUAGGUAUCCUAAAAAUUGAUCGGGUCGAUCCCGAUCAUAUUUAAUUGUUUAUGGUGUAGAAAUAGAUAGAAAUUGACAGUACAAGAAGCCGGCCGGUAUAAGCAUAUUUCUCGACGAUUAUUAUAAGGCGCAAUUUUCUUUCCUGUGUACGUAUAAUUCUAAAUGUUUACGCAAGUUAUUGAAGCUGAUUGCGAUGUUUUUAUUCGCUGAUCAUUAAAUAUUGUCGAUCAAGGCUAUGUUGUGUUGUUUUUUGGCCUCUACAUAUACGCGUUUCAUUUAACUCGACGUGUCGUUGUUGUUGUAAAAUCGAGUGUUAAGACUCGUAAAUAAUCCGAAAUUCGGACACAUCCUAUGUGCUAUACGUAAUGCCGUAUUCGUUCCUUUCGUUCGCGCAAGUAACAAAAAAAAGUACACACGAGAGCCGAUCGCUGCGCGUAACGAAAUCCUCGACGAGCUACGCACGGAUUACUGAAAAAUCGUGUAAAGCUUGUUUGCUCGUCCGGAAAAAAAAAUACGACAACCAAUGGAGGAUGUAUCCCACUAUGUCAAUCUCUCGAGGAAUUAAAAUGUUAUACUCUUGACAUGGCGUAGUGUAUACAUGUAUAGGUAUUAUUAAAAUAAAUAUCAUCUAAAAACCAGAUAUUUUCAGUUUGCAUAAAAGAGCAGUAUAUAUAUUUUGUGAAAAGAACAAAAACGCCAUUUGUUACAGUGGUGACUAGAACAAAGAAAAAAAGGAUCGAAUUGUUAUAUUUUUCGAGCAAUAAAUGUAAGUCAACUAAAUGGUGCGCUUAUUAAUACAGGUAUUAAGGAGGUUCGUUAUUUCAAAUAAAUUUUAAUUUGUUGUAAUCAACAAAACAACUUGAUGAAACCUUACGCAAUUUUACGAAAUGUUCUAUAUUGCUAGCAAAGAUGUGAUAUCUUACUCGAAAUGAUUUUUAACGUGUUUUAAUUUUUCUAAGCUUAUUUUGUUUAUCAGAAAUUGCCAGGGGUUUUGAAAACUUAUUUGAUUUUUUAGUUAAUUUCUGAGAACGAUAUGUAACGAAUAUUAUUACCUCAAUAUCUCUGCCAUUGGGUUUUAUGAAGAUUUUUUUGUUAAUUAUUACAAUCGAAGGUUCUAUUUUAAUGUAACAAACCCCCACAGACGACGCAGUAUAAGAGUAACAAUUUACUGUGAAUACUAUUAUUAUUGCCUACUAAAAACAAAAGCGUACAAUAAUCUAGGCAAAUUUAGUUUAUUUAGUGAAAA